AUGAUAAACGGCAAGCUGCCCUGGGAGGGAGAAUUUGCGCCGGAGACUAAGACUUCGGAACCCGAGAGCAACGAACCGACUUCCUUGAUCCGAACCGAGGCUUUCAAGGAAGGCUUCUCCACGGGCCGACCGGAGAGCUCGACUUCGGCCGCGAUCUUCAUGGUGCAGAUGGCCCACAAUUAUUCCGGGCAUGUAUCCAUCUACUCCGCUGGAGCAUUGACCAAUAUCGCGCUUGCUGUGCGUAUAGAUCGGCAUUUCGCGUCAUUUGCCAAGAAUAUGGUGGUGAUUAUGAGGGGAUAUGUUGAUUUAAAUAUGAUGGAGGCGACCGGUGGAACCACCCUGGUUGAUUGCUAG